AUGGGGCUUUGCCGAAAUGUGAACGCAAUAGGAAAGAUUGUCCGUAUGAAAGACGUAACCUUUUUGGAUAAUAGCGUAAUCAUAAAAGUCGUGCAAGUAAGACGCGUUAGAGUAAUGAGGAAACAGAAACAGUCAUUCCCGUGUGAUGUUUUAUGUGACUCUCGUUCAGACGGAAGUCGAUCGUGUGUGCAAGUGUAUUCUGUUGUUAUCAACGAAGAACGAAUAACGAGCGGGGGAGAUAUUAGAGGAUUUCCGAGUUUAGUAGAAGGUUAA